UUGUGGCCUACUUUGUUUUUUUAAUCUAGAAGAUUAAAAGCAGUCUCUGAUUAAACCUGUCAAACCGUCAAUUUUGAAGUUCUGCCAAAUUUUUGGGCAACACGAAGAAUAAUGUGAGAAAAAUUUCAGUUGUAAAAAUAAAAUGUGCCAUGGAUUUCCAUGGGCUUUAAGGUCGUGAAGUCAGAAAAUGUAUGUUGUCGCAGUGCAGCAUCUAUCACACGACCGAAAAAAGAGCCGAUAUCUAAAUAACCCCCAAAGAAGCACGUAAGCCAGCAUGAAACUAUCCAAUUCGAAAAACAACACCUGUUGCGAAAAUCCAUUUAAAAAAUACAACAUAAACACACCACCAAAAGACGAAAACGUAUCGAUUUGUUCCUGCACAAACUGCGAUUCUUUCGAAUGCUUUGCAUUAAGAAACAAAGGAUGGUGUCCGUGUAAACAAGACAAAGCUCAGAAAGAUUGCCAGGGGAAUAAGAAACAAGUAUACAGUAAUUGCCAAAGCAAAUAUUCCUUAAAAACCGUUAAAAUAUCUGAAAAAGACAGCGCUCUCAAAGAGCACGUCAAAAAAGAAAUUACUUACGAAUAUAACAAUAACAAUAACGUCUUGUCCACUGUAAAAAAGCAUUCAAAAUAUUCGUAUAAUUAUUGUAUACCCGCAUUAGAAAACCGGGACAAUACAGAUGAUGAUAGAACAGAUCUUUCCACUGAACAACCCACAUAUUCUCUAAGCGAGACCGUCACUAGCUCUCGCAAAGAAUUUGAUACGAAUGCGGCUCAGUUAAGUGCACAAAUUAUGAAUGUGCCGUACAAAGAUUUUACCGAAUCAAUCUCUCAUACUAAACCAGAAACUCUUUCACCAAAACCUACGAAGCUGUCUCGUUAUGAUAUAUUCAGAAGAAUAAAAGAAGCAUACAGAGCGUGUAGUUGCAAAGUAUGCGAAUGUUUAAUCGGUAAGACAACAACGCGCAAUGAAUAUUGCAAAUGCAAACCCUGUGAAUGUAAGGAUUGUGCGUCAUUAUUAAAAAGUUUCGAUUAUAAAGGCAAAAUUCAACAACUGUACUUAGGUUGUCCAUGUAUACGAUGUGAUAGAAGAGACUGCAAGGGUGUAAUCAAAAAAGGGCCGCUAGCUUAUUGCGAUUGCGACCCGUGUGACUGUCUUAAAUGCACAGACAGCUUUACUAGACCUUGCAACUGUCAGCCUUGCGAAUGUCUAGAAUGCAGAUCAUAUUCUGUUAAUAAACCCAGAAAAAAUAAUACUCUUGUAGUGGCAUCAAUGAGAGAAGAAAUCCCGCGAGCCUAUUGCCAAUGCUCUCCGUGUGAUUGUGGAGAAUGUGGCCAAGAUUUUCAAAUGGCAUCAAGUCUAAGGCGUGAAAUGGGCACUGGCAUUAACAGGCCUGUUAAUUGCUCCUGUGAUACUUGUGUAAACCAAUCCUGUGAGACACAUGACAGCAACUCCUGUACGUGUGACAUACAGAAAAGACUUAUGCGAAAGCCAGUAGAAAAAGAUAUACGUGAUUACGACAUUCAUAGAGCAUUAAUAAAAAAUAAUGUGAUUGAAAGAAAAAGUAAACACAAUAACGAUACCAUAGCAAUGUUUGCAGCAGUUGGUAACAAUUUCUUAAAAUCUGAUAAUAAGAAUAAGUCUUGCAAUUGUGGUGACUGUGAAUGCGUUGUUUGUAUUUGUAAAGAAAACAACAGAACUUUAGCAAAACAGAAACCAUUUAUCUCUCGUAAUUUAGGAGCUUGUAAAUGUUCUCCUUGCGAAUGUGAAAUAUGUAACUACACUAACAAAACUAGAGAUAGUUUGUAUCAUAAUAAUAGUUGUGAAUGCAAUGUAUGUCAGUGUCUGAAAUGUGAUGCUUUAUCCAUACCCUCCACCAGUAAUGAUGAAAAUAGACCUUACAACGUUGUACUUAAAAACAAGAUACCUACCAACGCUUGUAAAUGCAGUCUUUGCGAGUGUAUUGACUGUCAGAAAAUGAUGUACAAAUGCACUGGAGAUGGUUGUUACUGCUCAAGUUGUAAUUGUCAAAUGUGCUCGGACCAAAGUAAGCUUAUAAAUGAAGCUGCGAACCGAUACCGAGACAAUUAUUCACCUUUUAAGUAUGAUAAGGACAUGACUGGCAAAUAUUUUGCUAACCAGAUUGAUCAUAAUACGUAUUUAACAUCAAGGAUACAACAACCCGUAAAAGAACAAGCUAUACACUUAAAAUCUGGACAAAAUUUAGCAACUUAUAAUUCUCCUAGUGAGAAAGAAUUAAAAGAUAAUCCAGUAAGAAAAAGUACCCAACUAUAUUGGAUAGACUAUAGAGACCAUGGACCAAACAAAGAAAAAAAUAUAGUGCAGUCUUACUGCAGACCACACGAGUAUGACUCAUCUGGGAGCUUCAUCUCUUCCUCAUCUAAAAUGUUAAAUUUUCAACCAAUAUUGACCUCCAUAGAUCUCAAAAAUCAAAGUAAACCAUUAUUUGAAUGUGCCACAACACACAAUGAAUCAGAUCAUAACAAUGUUGCAAUGCAUGUUCCACUAAACAGAUGUUUAGAUGAUAAUAUCGGGUGUGACAUAAAAAACAGCAACAGCUUUAAAAACUUUCAUAAGCCCAUUGAAUCGCAAAACAGCACGAUACAGCGAUUUUUUAAAACUAACCCAAACUAUGAUGAUUACCAAUACUGCACAGAAAAAUACCAUUCUAUGACAAACGAAUUUGAAGGGAUCAAUUCACCAGUAACUUUGGAUAAAUGUAACGUUGAAGCUUCUCCAACUCUGUGUUUAGACAAUAAAUUAAAUAGAAGCGAUGAGAGCAGUAAAAGAACUAACAUUAACGACUUAUCACGCAGUUUGGUCACUUCCUUACAAAAUGCAAACAAAAGACUUUCGACCUUGAUGCAACCCAAGCUGUCAAACCAUGAUUCAACAUUAAGACCCUCAAAGGCUAAUAUUAGUCUCCCAACUAACUCGAUUAUCAAAAGAAAAAUAAUUAGAAACGACAACAAAGAAAAUGUUACAUCAUUUCAAAACUGUUAUAAAAAUUGUACUGAGGAUUUUUCUGACAUUGAGAUAGACUUCGAAAAAGUAACAAACACAUUACAGCAAGCAAAGGCUUUUUCAGUUGAACUUACAAAAGUGUUAAAAGAUUAUCAAAUGGCUAAUAACAAAUUAGAAAAUAAGUCUCUGAAGGAUAGUAUAGGAAUGAAUAUUUAUAGCAAUCCAAAACUCUUCACAAACCUUGAGCAAAGCACGUACAACAUUGAAAUAAAUCAAUCAAUCAACAGUGAUGCAUAUUAUGAAGAAUUAUUUUCUCACGUUGGUCAUGAUCGCUCACCGUAUGAUCCAGUAAAAAAGUAUGGGUCUCAUAAUUUAAAUGUGACAGCAACAAACAAAAACAAGCACGAAAAAUUUGAGAUGGAUGAGAAAACUGACUGCAGUAAUAAAAUUGUACUUAUCAAUAGUGAAAUUGAUCAUGCUGUAGAUGAAGAUUUGAUUAGUUAUGAAAGUACUUAUAAGCAACAAAAUAAAGAAAAUGUUUCAUAUCAACUAAGUAAAGAGAAUAUUCCCAUUGAUCAUAGCUCACAGUCCGAUAAACAUAUUGAUGGCGAUUUGGACGAAAAGUAUAAAUUUUGUAAGCACAGGUGUCGUUCUAAUAAAACUCAAAAGAAUGUCAAAAGUGGUAAUAGACUACGGGUUCCUAGAUCUUUGAUAUUAUACAAAAGGUUGAAAUUAAAAGAGGCACUAAUUAACUUAGCUUCUGCAACUUGUACUGGGACACGGCAGAAUUUGGAACCUCAAAGUUUUCAGGUUAGCAGUAGGGCUCUAAUUACGAAUAGUACUACUCAAGAUGAGCAAUUCCCAAGAGAAAAACGCGAGACUACCUCAACUUCUACCGAUAUGUUGGGGAGCUAUGAGCAUUCAAGAUUUACACAACCGAUACAGGCUGGUCAAAGACUGGAAAAUUCAUCUUGGUCGAUACUUAAGAAAAAUUGCAUAUUAAAUUCACCGUAUUUGAAAAAUAAAGGGUUUUCCAUAAUGCCACCAUUGCUGCUGGAAGUAAAAGAUACUCUUCGAGCUAUAUACAGGCAGAGUGGGGAGGCGGGAAGAUCUGACGCGAACAAUGAAGUAAAAGUCACAGGCCAUGGAAAUAAAGCUUUGCUUAAAUUGCAAACAGAGGUGAAUAGGUUGUGGGAAUCGUCAGUGCCCCAAUCGUCGGAUGAAUCGGCGAGCAAAAUAAGAAGUCCGAUGAUAAAAAGUAAAUUAGAUUUGAAAACAAAAAGCUUCAACGUUGCGUCGUCUCAAACUUGCAACGUAACAAGUAGCGUAGAAAAAGCGGUGGAUUGCAUGGAUAAUACUUUUUCUCUGAUGGGAAAAAGUAGCUGUGAUACUUUUAAGGUGAAGUUUCUUGGCCUCAGAAGAGUUUCAGAUCACACGGUUCUUGUCAAAUGGAAAGCACCUCCAAACGUGUCAAGAGUUCAAGGGUAUGAGUUGCUCGUGGACGGGCGUGCAGUUCAGAAGAUCUUGAGCCCUACUCGCUGCAUGGCGGUGGUGACGUGUCUGCCGCACAUCGAGAGGGUGCUCAUCACAAUCCGGACGCUGCUCCCCCCAGGGCUCGACCGCCCCCACUAUCCCUCCGCUACCAUUGUAUACCAGCCGCGCGCAAAGUGA